CACGAAUAUUAUAGAAGAUAUUACUUUUAAACGACAACACUAAAUCUUUCUCAAGAUGGCAUCAACGGCUAUUGACAAUACACUCCCCAGCGCUGGCAUGGUCAUCUCAUCCAAGCUGGAUAGUCAGCCUGCCAAACCCAGCAUCAUCGACAUCCGCCAGGGUAAAGCAGAACUCUGCAUGCAUGAUGAGAUUAUCCAAGGACUCCAAACAGACGAAGGAACCGAACGGACGCUUCCGACCAUGCUGCUCUAUGACGAGAAGGGGCUGCAGCUGUUCGAGGCCAUAACUUUUCUUGACGAGGUUAUACCAGACUCCAGCUGGACACAAUAACACUUUUGACGCACUCCAAGAAGCCCACUCCUGACACUGUCCAGUACUACCUGACCAAUGUCGAAAUUGAGGUCCUAGAGACUUCCGCCAUCGACAUCGUGCGCCGGAUCCAGCCAAACUCCAUGCUCGUCGAACUGGGGAGCGGUAACCUGCGCAAGACCUGCAUCCUUCUCAACGCCCUCGAGAGACUCGCCCGGCCAUGUCGCUUCUUUGCUCUCGAUCUCUCCCUUCCGGAACUGCAGCGCACCCUAUCUGCCAUUCCAGAAUAUCGACACGUCUCGGCUGUCGGUUUGCAUGGAACCUACGACGACGGCCUCACCUGGCUGAGGCGCUCUGAGAACUCCUCGACGCCCAAGUGCAUCAUGAGCUUGGGCUCAUCCAUCGGAAACUUUAGUCGUGCUGAUGCAAGUAGCUUCCUGGGGCAUUUUGCUAACAUUCUUGAUCCGGGCCGUGAUUAUUUGCUCAUCGGACUUGACGGGUGUCAAGAUUCCUCUAGGGUGUACGUAACUCCUCCUUUUCCCACUAUGCGUGGACACACAGGACCACGUCCGUAUUACAAGCUGAACUCUAUCUUUUGGUAUACCAGGUACAAAGCAUACAACGACGAGCGCGGAACAACCAGACAAUUCAUCCUGAAUGGGCUCGCGCAUGCGAACAGAAUCCUAGGGGAGGAGGUCUUCAAGGCUGAAGAGUGGGAGUACAGUAUGCUACAAUACUACCAUCCGCCAAUGAACGUGUUGAUCUAGGCCAUGGUCUUAAGAGCUAACACCAACUUCAGUGGGGGCCUACGACAAGUCCAAAGGCCGGCACCAGGCAUUCUACGUGCCUAAGAAGGACGUCCAAUACGG